GGGGGGCGCGCGCCCUGCCGUAAAGCGGGCGGCGGCCGGCGCGCGAGGCAGUUGUCACCGGCGGCGGCGGCGGCGGCAUCGGGGCUUGAGGCGGCCGGGCCAGGCGAGCGCUCCCUACCCCACUGCCGCCGAGACGCCAUGGCGGCGGCGCUGGGCCGCAAGGCCGCUGAAUAUGUGCGCAGCAAGGAGUUCAGGGACUACCUGAUGAGUACGCACUUUUGGGGGCCAGUUGCCAACUGGGGUCUUCCUGUUGCUGCUAUUAAUGACAUGAAGAAAUCGCCAGAAAUUGUUAGUGGCCGAAUGACAUUUGCACUGUGUUGUUACUCCUUGGCUUUCAUGAGAUUUGCCUACAAAGUGCAGCCAAGAAACUGGCUCCUUUUUGCAUGCCACUUCACUAAUGAAAUUGCACAACUUAUUCAAGGAGGACGACUGAUCAAAUACAGGCUGGAGAAAAAGAACUAAAUAUAUUACUUGAAAUAAGCCAGGGAAUGUAUUCAUCCUGAAUGACACCCAAGGGACGACAUGCCAUCUACAGUUGCUGUGACAAUUACAGUGGGGAUGAACAGAAACACCUGUUGUGAAUAUGAUGCCACCAAGAAUUCUUCUAAUAAUUUUUUUAUCUUGCCUUUUAAAAAGUACUAUUCAGCAAAGUAAACCAUUACAUUUAAA